CAUCCAGAAAUGCCAUGUCGCCCUGAACUCUCACUUCAUAAAUGGUGCACUGUCCUGAGCCCUGUGGAUGCUCGAUUGGUUCUGCAUUUAAAGGUAUCGCCAGUGAACCCGCCCCAGAUGUCUCAUUUAGUGCUGCCUCCACCCAGAAAAGCCCCAAGUUGCAGCCAAAGAGCAUGAUUGUCGGCCUGUCUGAUUCUGCCAGCUGCCUAUCAGGGCCGUCGGCUUCUGGUACGGCAAAAUGGGCCACUACAUCUAUAACCUCCAACGCAGCUUCCCACGCCCAACAAGGCGAGGGAGGCGGCGUUCAAGGUUAUAGUUGUAAUGCCCCAUCUUCCCAUAACAGAACCCGACGGACCGGAUGGCCAGUAAGCUGAAUGGCAGCAGCAAACGAUUCUUCGUUUUUAAACUCCACGUAACCCACACUGCGGAAAUGUAAGCUUGGGCA